CUAAUUUCAACGCGCGACUGAAAUUUGAAAAAAAAAGAAAGAAGGGAGAAAAAUUGUAUUAAAUCAUCAGUAAAAAUAGAAAAGACUCAAACUAACGGUACUAUGAUCACAGCUGUUUUUUGAACACGCAUCAGAUCACAAACAACAACAACAACAGCAACAAUAGCCAAAGCUUAUAAUUAAUAUGUACGAAAAAACAUUAACAAUAGGAACUGCAAAAGUUAAUAAUGCAUAUGAGUGGCAAAAAGUGAGUUACAGCAAAAAUCAAGCAACAGCAACAAUAACUAAGCCUAAGCAAAAGCAACCCAAGCCCAACAACAACAACAAAAUAGUAUCAAACAGUGCGAAAAAUGCAACAAAAACGCAUAAUCAACAUUUAAAAGCGGCUGUAACAACAAAACCAGCUGUAACAACAACAACAGCAACAACAACAGCAACAACAACAUUAACGGCUUUAUCAAAGCCGGCAACGCAAACGCCACUAUUCAAAAAGUUCGUUGGCAACGCGGCAAGAAGACAAACGCUUGCGCACCAAAUAAAACGCGCACACCGCCAUCUAUUGACAAGCGGUGGCAACGAUAAGCAACUGAAAAAUUUAGCAGGCAGCGCAGCUGCUGCAGGACAGCAGACAAAAACAACAAAACAUCAGCAACAGCAGCAGCAACAGCGUCAGCGUAAUAAACGCACACUAAAUGCAAAUAAACAGUUGUUUUGCGAAAAGAGUGAUAAUCAAAAGCAGAAGGUAAAGAAGCAACAAAGUAAGCGUGGCAGCAACGACGCUGACGGCGCUAAAUCGGAGCUGUCAUCCCGUUGGGGCUCCAUCGAGGAGCAGUUGAAUGUGCUUGAUAAUCUGCUCUACUACGAUGAGGAGGCCGAAUUGUAUAUAGCGCAACUAUACGACAAAUAUCAACAACUCCAGAACUCGACGGUAAGAGAAAGUGACUCAGAGGACUCGGAGAUUUGGAGCUGGAGUGACUACGAUUUGGACAUGUCUCACAACAACAGUGGCGUCGAUGAGGACGCGCUGUCCAGCACCAGCGGUGCUGGCAGUCACAGCACCAAUAAUUCCAAUUCAUCGUCCCUUGUGCCGUCCUCAUUGAAGCGACGCGGCCAUCAGCAUCAUCCACGCUUUGCGGGCACACGGCGUCCCAAUGUGCCCAACGUGCAGGAAAUUCUGGCCGCUCUCUAUCGCGGCGAUUCCAAGGGUGUGCUCUCCAAUCUGCGCGGCGAGCUGCAGCCCGAGGCGGAGCCUGAAGUGGAGCCCGAAGUGGCGCCACCUGUCGCCAGUCGGAGUACGCUCAGUCUGCCGCUGAGCGAAUCCGUGACUAAUUCCGUGGGCAGCAAUAGUCCAACGCCCACGGAUGAGAGCAGCAUCCUAGACGAGGCGACUGCAACGAGUCAGACUGCUGUAGAGUCAACAGAGCAGAAGAAAAAGAAGAAGAAGCGUGAUAAAGGUGACAAGUCAGAGAAGUCGGAACGUAAAAAGAAAUCAUCGUCAUCGACAUCAACUGGCGGCAAGCGGGAGCGAGAGCGAGAAAGGGAGCGUAAUAAACGUCAAGGCGGCGGCGUCGGCGUCAUGGAGAUCAGCAGCGACAGCAUUGCGACAGAUCUGAGUGCGGGCGCCAUUGACGAGGGGAUUGUGGUGAACACGGAGGAUGAGGACACACAGACAGCCGAGUGGUCAAAGCUGCGCUGCACCAGCGAAGCGGCCGAAAUUGUUGCCGAACGGGAGGCGAGACGCAACAAGGGACGUUGCGCUGAUUAUCCGGGCUUGGCCUUUGGACGAUCCAUCUUCAGCUCCGACACGAUGAUGAAGUUCAACAUUAUUCGCAACGAGCUGCACAACAUCAUGAAUACGCAACUCAAGCGGGCCGAAUCUGAGGUCGCUGCAUUGAACCGUCGCAUUCAAUUGCUCGAAGAAGACUUGGAACGCUCUGAGGAGCGUCUGGGUUCCGCCACAGCCAAGCUGUCGGAAGCUUCUCAGGCUGCAGAUGAGAGCGAACGGAUACGAAAAGCGCUUGAAAAUCGCACAAAUAUGGAAGAUGACAAAGUAGCUCUAUUGGAGAAUCAAUUAGCGCAAGCAAAAUUAAUUGCAGAAGAAGCUGAUAAGAAAUAUGAAGAGGUGGCCAGAAAGUUAGUGCUCAUGGAACAGGAUCUGGAGCGUUCCGAGGAAAAAGUUGAGCUCAGCGAAAGCAAAAUUGUGGAGCUUGAGGAAGAGCUGCGCGUUGUUGGUAACAACUUGAAGUCCCUGGAAGUGUCUGAGGAGAAGGCCACACAAAAAGAGGAAACCUUUGAAACGCAAAUCAAGGUUUUGGAUCAUUCCUUGAAAGAGGCUGAGGCUCGCGCUGAAUUCGCUGAACGUUCCGUUCAGAAAUUGCAGAAGGAAGUCGACAGGCUCGAAGACGAUCUAAUCGUUGAAAAAGAACGCUUCUGCCUCAUCAGCGACAGCCUCGACGAAGCAUUCAUCGACUUGAUCAAGGGCCUGGAACCGUUCUGGACGGUGCGCAAUCCAAAGCCACCCACGCCCAAGCUGCCGACGCCAACGCCCGAGGAAUUGGCGGCCAUGGAGGAAGCGAGAGCAGCUGCCGAAGCGGCCGCCGCUGCUGCGGCUGCGGCAGAGGGCGCUGUUGAGGGUGCUGAAGGCACUGUUGUUAUCUCAGAGGAUGGUGUGCCAGUGGUUGUGCCCAAGGAACCGACGCCACCACCAAAGGAGCCAACUCCACCACCGCCACCACCACCGCCAUUCGAGUACUCGAUUGAUUUGCCGCCAGAGGGCGCUGAGGUGCCAUUUGUCAAGAACUACGAGCCACCACCACCCGGCUCUGAGCCUGAGCCCGUGCCAGCUGCAGAAGGCGAAGCCGCUGCACCAGCGGCUGAUGGAGCGGCACCACCCGCUGAUGGAGCUGCGCCUGCGGCAGAUGGUGCUGCUCCGCCGGCUGAGGGAGCUGCUCCACCAGCUGAAGGUGCUGCACCCGCGGCAGAAGGAGCUGCACCCGCGGCUGAAGGUGCCGCACCACCGGCUGAAGCAGCAGCUCCAGCUGCCGAGGCUGCUGCGCCAGCCGCUGAAGCUGCUGCACCUGCCGCUGAAGCAGCUGCCGCACCAGCUGAGGCCGAGGCGCCACCAGCCUAAAUCAACGAAACUGGAUAAACGAUAACGAUAACGACAACGAUAUCCGCCCAAAGCUUACUGCACAACUCGAUCGUUCCUGCUGCGCAAGACACAAAACAACUGCUACAAAAUGCUGCCCCGCUUUUAUUUACAUAUAAUUUGAAGCACGUUUUGAAAACAGAAUAUUUUUGAUUAAUGACAUUUAUUAAAACUUAACCGAAGCAUUGCAAAAACAAACAAAAAACGCUGAGCGAGUGCUUAAUUUUUAUUUGUUGUCUGCCUGUUGCAUUUUAAUUUUGAUUUCAAAUUUAACAGCUAGCGGCGUACUGCUUUACCGACCAAAACGCUGCUGCUGCUGUCGCCGACAAGCAGCUCAACUGCCUGCAAUUUUUAUUUAAUUUCAUUUGAUGAGGUAAUUAUUUAUCUGUUUAUGUUUUUAUCUAAGUUAUUUGAGUGUCAGUUCUUGUGUUUAGGGCUCUAUCUAUGUGUAUG